GAUGAAGAUAGUGAGCGAUCAAAUAGAGCCUUCAUAGUAUCUCUGCGUUUUGCUUUCUGCUUCUUCUGCAAUUCGUUUCUUCCUCCAUUUCAUUGUUUCUUUUUUAGUGUUUCGAGGAAGAAUCGCCAUCUGGGUAUUUUAUUGCACUUCGAUCUGAUUUCUUUUUGGACCCACCCACUUACCCUUUUCACAAUUUCAACCCCUCCUUCACUUUUGGGUCGCAGGAAAAGGGAGAUAGCUCCGCCGUGAUCCGCCCGGCAUCACGGAAUCGUUUCUGGAAGUUCUUCUCUGUAAUCCCUUUGAUUAGUUCUGGUAUUUGAUGAGGUGAAUCGAGCUUGGGGUGAUUCUUUUGAUUUUUGGAAGGCUAUCAUGGGAGGCUGUGUAUCAACACCAUCUAAAGAGAUAAGAACACGGAAGAAAUUGCAUCACCAGUUUGGAAAAUAUGGUCGAAAGAUCUCGAGUUCUAUCCCGAGAGCUAUCGUAAAAAGGAAGAGCAAUGCAGGAAAUAGAGUCACUGAUUAUGCAGUCAGUGAGUUUGUUCAUAUGGAUUUUGAGAAUGGUGCAACCACUACAUGUAGAAGAUCAGAGGUUUCUAAUUCAACAUUCCACCUCACUCAGUUGCAAUGGCUCCACAGUCAGUAUGAUGCAAACGCAAUAGGCCAAGACGAAGCUUGGUUUGACUCGGUCAGUGUUCUGGAAUCCGACUCAGACGAUGAAUUCAGUAGUUUGCAUGGAGAUGGUUUUCCAUCCGUAGGAAAUCCGAUCGGGAACAUCUCGAGUGGCCAAGUGGUUCAGUAUGAAAGAUCGUCACGCUUUCUGGAAAAUAGAUGCAAAUAUGAAGAAUACCAUGAAAGCUAUCUAAAAAUAGAUGGAGGGAAACCAGAAAAUAUCAAGAACAAGGAUGAAUAUGGAUUUGGACUCAUGAAUUGCCAAGGUAAUGAAAUUUCCAGCAAGAAGAGGUCGAUGUUAGAUCGUUCGUAUGGCAGCUUUAAAGAUCUAAAAGACGAUUGCCGCAAUUCUCUAGAGAAGAAUCAAGAGAACACAUUAAAGUCUGCCUUACCUCGCAUCGUUCCGUCUAUAAGUUUCAACGAGAAGAUUCCGAGUUCUCAGACUCCUCAGGGACUCAAAAAGCAGUCAGCAGUUUUCAGGCUUUCCUUUAAGAGACGGUCAUAUGAUGGAGAAGAAACCAUAGAAAAAUGCCAAUCAAAGAAGUAUCUAUACCGUCCGAAAGCGGGACAUAUACCAUGUUUUUCAGGGGAGAAAACACCUCCAGGAAGCUGGUCCGAGAUUCCGCCAUCAACUUUUAAACUUCGUGGCGAAAGCUACUUCAAAGAUAAGAAGAAAUAUCCUGCCCCGAAUACGAGUCCUUAUGUUCCAAUCGGCGUCGAUUUGUUUAUGUGUCCGACGAAAAUCAACCACAUUGCUCAACAUCUGGAGCUUCCUUUUGUAAAAUCUGAUGCAAAAGUGCCUCCAUUACUCAUUGUAAACAUUCAGUUGCCUAUUUAUCCUGCUGCAAUGUUCCUUGGUGAUAGUGAUGGUGAAGGAAUGAGUCUGGUUUUGUAUUUCAAGGUUUCUGAGAAGUUUGAUAAGGAUAUCUCUCUUCAUUAUCAGGAAAGCAUCAAGAAAUUGAUUGAUGAUGAGAUGGAAAAAACCAAAGGAUUUACGAAAGAUUCUACUGUUCCAUUCAGGGAAAGGCUUAAGAUUAUGGCAGGGGUGGUUAAUCCAGAGGAUCUCCAUUUGAGUUCUACUGAAAGGAAGCUCGUUAGCGCUUAUAAUGAAAAACCCGUCCUGUCACGGCCGCAGCACAACUUUUACAAGGGCCAAAAUUACUUCGAGAUUGAUCUGGACAUUCAUCGUUUCAGCUAUAUAUCUAGAAAGGGGCUCGAAUCAUUUCGAGAACGUUUGAAAAACGGAAUACUUGAUCUUGGUCUAACCAUCCAGGCACAAAAACCUGAAGAACUGCCGGAGCAAGUUCUGUGUUGUGUGAGGCUGAAUAAGAUUGAUUUUAUGGAUCAUGGACAGAUACCCACAUUAGUGACCUUUGAAGAAGACUGAUACUGACCAUAUGGUACGUUUCUCGACUUGGUCCAACAUGUCAUGACUCGAGCAGGCUCAACGAUGACAGGCAGACGACAUCCAUUUUAACUCACGGAAAUACCGACCCAUCGGUCCGACUAUCUAAUCCAAAGGUAACCUUCAUUUUUGUCCAAUGAAUCACUGUUCUUCCUCCCACCCAAAAGCUUCAACCAUUAAAUCAGCAAGCCUUGACUAGCAAUGCCUCAAUGUCCUGUUAAAAAUUUAUAACCAGUCUCUCUGUACAUGUUUAUUGCAUCGUCGUAAUAAUGAGAGCCAAAGAGUACGACGUCGAUAUGA